CUGAAAAGUGAACAAAUGUCACUCAAAAAAAUUAUAAUUUUAACAGGCGUCAAACCACAUUUUACCACGAUUUUAAAACUUAUUUAACAUGGAAUUUACAAUGAAAUUGCGGAAAGUAUCAUCUAUUACAAAAUCCGAAGAGACUCUAGCCGCUGCGAGCAAAAUUGCUAGAAAACGUAAGAAAAGCAACUUAACAUGCAGAACCUGUGUCUGUACAUCCUCACAGCUUGGUGUGUUCGAUUUUCCACCAGUAUGGAAGGAGCUAAGGGUAAAUGCUCAGUUAUGUGAUGGCAUCGUCAAGUGCGACGAUGGUUCGGAAUUCAAGAUACAUAGAGCUAUCUUAGCAGCUGUUAGUCCAUAUUUUAAGGCUCUAUUCACUAACUCGAUCAACAGAACUCAGGAAGAGGCAACCGAGGCCAGGGUGAACGUAACGGGUGAUACUUUCCAAUCAUUUUUGGACUUUGCAUACACUGGCACAUGUACGAUUACCAAAAACAAUGUGAAACACCUUCUACAAUAUGCCGAUCAAUACGAAAUUCUGGAUGUCGUCCAGUUGUGUUGUGCCUUUCUUAUAAACGAUUUAUCGCCUACUAACUGCCUGGAAACACUGAAGUUUGCCAGUCAAUACUUUUGCAACGAGCUCAUCCAUAAGGGAAGACUUUACAUAAGACAUAAUUUCCCGAAGCUAAUAAAAGAAAGCUACGAGUUCUACAAAAUCUCCGCACCUCACCUGGAGGAUAUCCUGAAAGAUGAUGAACUCAAUGUCAAGAACGAAGAAGCCGUUUUUGAAGCGAUUAAAAUGUGGAUCGGUUAUUCGCCUACACGAAGAAAAAUUCAUUUAUUCAGUUUGCUGAAGUGUGUGAGGCUAGGGACACUAAGCUACGAAAGUGUGCUAGAAAUAGCCACAUGGGCACUAGUUGAAGAGGAUGCCCAAUGCAAAGAAUAUAUACAGGAUGUAUUAGCUGUUAUGGGUGGAUUGGGGGAAGAAGAUGACGUAGAUUACAUCAACAACUAUUUAUUUAGACCAAGGAUUCCUUAUGGAGUUCUAUUUGCUGUUGGUGGAUGGAGCGCUGGCAGUCCCACAAACUUCCUGGAAACUUAUGAUUGCAGAGCGGACAGAUGGCUGUUUUCCGUAGAUACAGACAGCUCACCAAGGGCAUAUCAUGGGUUGUGUCAUUUAAAUGGACUUAUAUAUAUGAUAGGUGGCUUCGACGGGAAUGAAUAUUUCAACAACAUGCGCUGUUUUGAUCCCGUUCAACACAAAUGGAAUGAAAGAUCUUGCAUGUACUAUCCGAGAUGUUAUGUGAGCGUAACGACGCACAAGGAUCAAAUCUACGCUAUGGGUGGAUAUAAUGGACGAACCAGGAUGAGCUCUGUAGAGAGGUAUAGCCCUCAGAAAAACCAAUGGGAAUUGAUAGCCCCCAUGCAAAUGCAGCGAUCUGACGCAAGUGCAGCGACAGUGCAUGACAAGAUUUAUAUAGUAGGGGGUUAGUUUCAAUGGGCAAGAAGUGAUGAGCUCAGCCGAAGUUUUCGACAUCGCUGCCAACCAGUGGUCAUACAUUCCCCAGAUGCAGUCAGCACGAAGUGGGGUCUCCCUUAUCGCAUUCAACAAUACCCUGUAUGCCAUGGGAGGUUUCAACGGUCACACCAGGUUGGCCACCGGAGAGAAGUUCACGCCAGAUGCUUCUGCAAGAUGGUCGGAUAUCGCAGAGAUGCUCACGCCAAGAAGCAACUUCGCUACUGUUAUACUCGAUGACUAUAUCUUUGUGAUUGGGGGAUUCAAUGACAGAUUUGCAUCUGGUUCAACAACGAUCAACUACGUAGAAUAUUUCGAUCCCAAGUCAAACGAUUGGUACGAUGCCGCUUCAAUGAACGUGAGUCGUUCAGCGUUAAGCGCAUGCGUACUGUACGGAUUGCCGAACGCCAAAGAUUACACAUUCCUCAGACGUAACACUUUCGAAAUAGGACCAGACAUGGCAAUGCCACAAAAUGAUGAAGAAAACACAACGCCACAGCUGGACGAUAACGGAAAUCCGGACUUGUGACCAGUGACAGUGGUUAACGCCUUCUUAUCUAUACAAUGUUAUACGGAUAUAUUUCUACAAGUUUUUAUCACAUUCGUAGUUGUGUGACAUAUGUAGUAUAUGUUCUGACAAUAAAGUAAUUACAAUUUU